UUUUCAGUUAUGAAGGUCAAAUUCUUUGCUGAAAUCCUCUCAGAGUUCUCGGGAUUCCAUCAUACUCCGGAUUUCAAAGCUUCACGUUCUACUGGUGACUUCUCAAAGUUUUCGACAGCUAAGAACUAUAGAAGACCAUCUACAGAGUCUACCACAAGCAAUCACUCAAUUCAUAUUCCUGUUGGAGUGGAUGAUGUCCCAGUUCUCCCAACCUCCACCAUGCAAACUCCACAUUUCACCAAAAACCUCCACUCUUCACCAUCAAUCUCCAGAAUGGCAAGCUUGAGCCGUGUUCAAGAAAAAUUGCAGAGAAAACUCAAAAAGGCAUCCAGUUUGGAAGAUUUGGAGCACCUGAUCCCACAGAACACACGGAAAAACUCACUUUCCUACAGAGUUUUGGUCUAAAUUUGUCUCUGUUUAUAAUUUUUUAUUAUCUUCUCUACGAGAAGAAUCCGUCUAUAUUGUACAUUUUGAUCUCCUCUACCUGGUUUCAGUCGGGUAGGAAAUUUGCUAAUUUUGAUCAGAAAAUAAAUAUUCUGAAUUCA